AUGGCUACGUCAAUUCCACACUGUUACUACAAUAUCCCUAAAACCCUUACACGGUCCCAAACGUUAAACAUGACCAAUGUAGCAAACCCGUCUCUCAAAAUCCCUAAAUUCUCACAGAACUCCAUAAAAAAUUCCCCUCUUAAAAUGACAUUCAAUAGAGGAAACCUCAAAGAAGCUUUUGUUUCUUUUUCUGCCAUUUUCGUUGACCAUGGCAACUCACUUCUGGUUAACCCAGAGGAGGUUUAUGCGCCAAUCCUUGAGCUUUGUGGAACCAAGAAAGCUCUUUUACAGGGCCAGCAAAUUCAUGCCUAUUUAAUAAAAUCCAAUUUAGUAUCUGAUUCUAUGUUUUUGAGCACUAAACUUGUUUUUAUGUAUAGUAAGUGUGGGCCUAUUUUGGAUGCGGAGAAAGUGUUCGAUAAAAUGCACAACAGAACUAUUUUUACAUGGAAUGCUAUGAUGUGUGCUUAUGUAUCAAACAGAGAACCUUCAAGAGCCCUUGAAUUGUAUGGCGAAAUGCGGGUUUUGGGUGUUCCCUUUGAUUCUUUUACUUUUCCUUGUGUACUUAAAGCGUGCAGUGUGGUCGAGGAUAUACGCCGUGGGGCUGAAAUUCAUGGUCUGGUAAUUAAAUGUGGAUAUGAUUCUAUUGUGUUUGUUGCUAAUUCUCUUGUUGCCAUGUAUGCCAAGUGCAAUGACAUAAUUGGGGCGAGGAAACUGUUCGAUAGAAUGAAUGAAAGAAAUGAUGUCGUGUCAUGGAAUUCUAUAAUUUCUGCUUAUUCUAUGAAUGGGCAGUGCAUGGAGGCGUUGGGAUUGUUUGGAGAAAUGCAGAAAGCUGGUGUUGAUGCGAAUACUUAUACUUUUGUUGCUGCUCUUCAAGCUUGUGAGGAUUCUUCCUUCAAGAAACUGGGCAUGGAGAUUCGUGCUGCUAUUUUAAAAUCAAGUCAAGUACUUGAUGUUUAUGUGGCCAAUGCUUUGGUAGCUAUGUAUGUGAGAUUUGGUGAAAUGAGGAAUGCUGCUAGAAUUUUUGAUAUGUUGGAUGAGAAGGAUAUCAUCACUUGGAAUUCCAUGCUUGCGGGUUUCAUUCAAAAUGGUUUAUAUAAUGAAGCUUUGCAAUUCUUCUCCGAUUUGCAGGAUGCUAAUCUAAAACCUGAUGAGGUUUCUCUAAUAAGCAUCCUUCCUGCGUCUGGGAGAUUGGGUUAUCUAUUGAAUGGAAAGGAAAUUCAUGCUUAUGCAAUGAAGAAUGGGCUUGAUUCUAAUUUACAGAUUGGGAAUACACUUAUAGAUAUGUAUUCUAAGUGCUGUUGUGUGGCCUACGCUGGCCUUGUUUUUGAUAAGAUGCUCAUUAAAGAUCUCAUUUCCUGGACAACAGUUAUAGCUGGCUAUGCUAAAAAUAAUUGUCAUGUUGAGGCUUUAAAAUUGCUGAGGGAAGUGCAGACGGUAGGGAUGGACGUAGAUACCAUGAUGAUAAGAAGCACCUUGCUAGCUUGCAGUGGAUUGAAAUGCUUGUCCCAUGCAAAACAAGUUCAUGGUUACACUUUGAAGCGAGGUUUAUCUGAUCUUAUGCUGCAGAAUAUGAUCGUUGAUGUGUAUGGAGAGUGUGGGAAGAUUAAUUAUGCAACUAGAAUGUUUGAGUCGAUAAAAUGUAAAGAUGUGGUAUCUUGGACGAGCAUGAUAUCGUGCUAUGUCCAUAAUGGACUUGCAAACGAAGCUCUUGAUGUUUUUUACCUGAUGAAAGAAACCAGUGUUGAACCUGAUUCUAUAACUCUAGUGAGCAUCCUCUCCGCUGCUGCUAGUUUAUCUGCCUUGACUAAAGGAAAAGAGAUUCAUGGUUUCAUAUUCCGGAAGGGUUUCAUGUUAGAAGGAUCUACACUGAACUCUCUUGUGGAUAUGUAUGCUCGUUGUGGAAGUCUAGAGAAUGCAUACAAGGUAUUUAUUUGUACCAGAAGUAGAAGUCUAGUUCUCUGGACAACUAUGAUCAAUGCAUAUGGAAUGCAUGGAUGUGGCAAAGCAGCUGUUGAUUUAUUUAGUAGAAUGGAGGACCAAAAACUAAUUCCCGAUCAUAUUACCUUCUUGGCUCUUCUUUAUGCAUGCAGUCAUUCAGGACUAACCGAUGAAGGUAAAAGAUUGCUUGAAACUAUGAAAUGUAAGUAUCAGCUGGAGCCAUGGCCAGAACAUUUUGCAUGUUUGGUUGAUCUUCUUGGCCGGGCAAAUCGCUUAGAAGAGGCAUACAAAUUUGUGCAAAGCAUGCAGAUUGAACCUGCUGCUGAAGUCUGGUGUGCACUCCUUGGGGCUUGUCGGAUUCACUCAAAUAAAGAACUUGGAGAAAUCGCAGCACAGAAGCUCUUAGAGUUGGAACCAGCUAGUCCAGGAAGUUACGUGCUGAUAUCCAAUGUCUUUGCUGCCAGUGGUAGAUGGAAAGAUGUCGAAGGAGUAAGAAUGAGAAUGAAGGGGAGUGGGUUGAAGAAAAACCCCGGAUGCAGCUGGAUUGAGGUUGGGAACAAUAUUCAUACAUUCCUUGCUAGAGACAAUUCUCACCCAGAAUUUUAUAAGAUUUAUCAGAAGUUAGCUCAAAUGACUGAGAAGUUGAAGAAGGAAGGGGGCUAUGUGCCUCAAACCAAGUUUGUUUUCCACAAUGUAGGGGAAGAAGAGAAAGUUCAGAUGCUUUAUGGGCAUAGUGAAAGGCUGGCAAUUGCAUAUGGUCUGUUGAGCACUCCUGGGGGAACCCCUAUUAGAAUUACAAAGAACCUUCGAGUUUGUGGUGAUUGCCAUACUUUUUGUAAGCUAGUCUCAAAAUUCCUUGAAAGAGAACUGAUUGUGAGGGAUGCCAGCCGAUUUCAUCAUUUUGAAGGCGGAGUCUGCUCUUGUGGUGAUUUCUGGUGA